AUGGCGUCCCCGGGCGGCGGUUCCCUGGGCCUCCUGCUCUGGCUCCUGCUCCUCCAGCCUCGGCUUGGUGGGGCGCAGGGCGGGUCCACAUCGUCCCCACCCUCCUCGGCGCCCCCAUCGUCCUCGGGGGGCGGCCGUGAGGGCACCAGUGCAACCGUGUCGGGGGCCGAGGGACAGUCUGCGACCCCGGAGCCCCAAGAGGAUGCCAUACUCUCCCAGCUGUUGGAACUGAUCCCAGGGUGUGGCCACGUCGUUGAGAACACCACGGGAGGAAAGGAGGCGGAAGAGGGGAAGUGGCCUUGGCAGGUGAGCCUGAGGAUGAACCAGAAACACGUGUGUGGAGGCUCCCUCCUCACAUCGCAGUGGGUGCUGACUGCAGGCCACUGUAUUUUAAGCCCUUUCCGCUACAGUGUCAAGAUGGGAGAUCGGAGCGCCUAUAAGGAAGUCACCAGUGUGGUGAUCCCGGUCAAGAACGUCAUCGUCCAUCCUCAACUCUCGGUAGUUGGAGCCGUUCAAAAUGACCUUGCCCUUCUCCAUCUCCUCUACCCUGUGAACUUCACUGUGACCAUCCAGCCUGUAUGCAUCCCUCAGAAGACUUUCCAGGUGGAAGCUGGGACCACGUGCUGGGUGACCGGAUGGGGCAAAAAAGAACAUGGUGGCGACCACAUUACGGAUGUUCUCCAGGAGAUCGACCAAAACAUUAUCCUCCAUGAAAGGUGCAAUGAGAUGGUUCAGGAAGUCAUGGUAUCAAAGAAGAACAGAGUCCUGGAAGGGAUGCUCUGUGGCUAUAAAGGAGCUGGAAAGGAUUCUUGUCAGGGAGACUCUGGGGGCCCUCUGGUCUGUAAAUUUAAGGAAACAUGGGUCCAGGUGGGAGUCGUGAGCUGGGGCAUUGGCUGCGGUCGUGGAAAUAUGCCUGAAGUUUAUACAGAUCUUGCUGUCUAUGCAGAGUGGAUAGCUGGAGUGAUUAAUCAGGCCUCCUUUUUGUAUCCAGUGGUGUUCCUCAUCCCACUUCUGUGCCUGGUGCUGCCCCUGGGCAUCCUGGUGGCCCCGUGAUGACCCAGGCCCACCCCCCUCCUAUUUCCGAGUCUCACACCGGGCCUCUCCUCCGACCUCCCUCUCCUGCUCAGAUGCCCUUUCCUCCAGUUCUGGUUGGCAUCCCCUGACCCAGUAGAGAGCCACACAGUAGGAACUGGCAGCAAGGCUGGAGCCCCGAAAGCAUCCCACCCUGAUGCCCCAGUCACCUGCACAACCUUGGCUGUACCUUUGCCCUCCUGGAAGGAUGGGGUCAGGCAUCCCAGCCUGAGAGCCGGCCGACCUGCCAGGGGGAGCACGGGGCUUCCUUGUCAUCUUGGAGAACCUCUGCGAGAGAAGAGCCCUCAGGAGCGGUGAGACAGCGUGGGACCUGGGUGUGGUCUCAGGCUGUCACCUGACCCUGUGUUGAAGCAGUCAGCUUGCUGAUUGUGCAGAGAGAGAGAGAGGGAGGGGGUGUCACCAUGUCCCUGCUGAGGUGUGAGGCCUGGGGUUUCCACAUUGGACUGGGGUGCCUGAGUCUGGGAGACAUUUCCCUAGCACCCAGCGCGGAUCCUGCCACACAGGUGCUCCUGUGGCAACCCCGUGAUGGGCCCCCCUUCCUCAGUCUCUAGUGGUCCCAUCCAGGCUCAGCCCAAGCUAUGUGGAGGCAUUGAGGAGUGUGGAGAUCUCCGAUGUCAACUGAAUAAAUGUUUGGAUUGUCA